CUCUCAGCGCCCGCUCGGAGUCCCUGGGAGCCAGCCUGCUGGGAGAACCAGAGGGUCCGGAGCAAACCUGGAGGCUGAGAGGACAUCAGACGGGAAAAGACUGAGCUAGCCACUCCAGUGCCAUACGGAAGCUGAAAGGACACACCACAACAGCCCCAGCUCAGCGACAGCCGUCGCCUGUUGCAGCGCGGCGGCUUCGAAGCCGCCGCCCCAGUGCUGCCCUUUCCUCUUCGGUGAAGUUUGUAAAAGCUGCGGGGGACUCCGAGGAAGCAAGGAAAGUGUCGGGUAGGACUACAGCUGCCUUUGUCCUCCUCCCCUCUACCCCCUACCCCCUCCUGGGUCCCCUCUCCAGGAGCUGACUAGGCAGGCUUCCUGGCCAACCCUCUCCCCUACACCCCCAGCUCUGCCAGCCAGUUUGCACAGAGGUAACUCCCUUUGGCUGAGAGCAGGCGAGCUUGUUGCAAGGAAGGCUUUUGGGAGCACAGAGACUGAGGAGCAACAGCACGCCUGGAGAACCCCUGAUUCCAGGUUCUCCCCAGGCACCUCCUCCUGCCAGCCCCUCACCCUGUGUGUGGAGCUAAAAAUCAAAAGAUGAAAAGGCAGUCAGGGCUUCAGUAGUCGAAAGCAAAACAAGAGCUAAAAGAAACCAAAAAGAAAAGAGCCCAAUUCUUAUUUGCACCUGUUUCAGUGGACACUGAAUGUGGAAGGCAGAAGAUUUUCCCUUCCCCUCGUCAAGCUUUGAACAUCUUUUAAUCUGUUCUUCAAGUAUUUAGGGACAGACUGUGGAACUAGCAGGGCAGAAUCUGUCUAGCGCUUGCCUUGCUUUACAAGAUACUUUGAGACUAUCUGUGCGCUUUUUUUUUCCUCCUGCAAGUUUUCUUCCCUGGAGCUUCCCGCAGGUGGGCAGCUAGCUGCAGCUACUACAUCAUCAGUCAGUUGAACUCUUUAGAGCAAGAAACAAGGAGGCAGGAUAAGGGAAUUCAGUGGAAGAUACAGACAAGCUCAAGGAUGGAGGUGCAGUUAGGACUGGGAAGGGUCUACCCACGGACCCCGUCUAAAACCUAUCGAGGAGCUUUCCAGAAUCUGUUCCAGAGUGUGCGCGAAGCGAUCCAGAACCCGGGCCCCAGCCACCCCGAGGCCAUAAGCACAGCACCUCCCGGCGCCUGUUUGCAGCAGCAGCAAGAGACUAGCCCCCAGCAGGGGAGGCUGCAGCAGCACGGGGAGGAUGGUUCUCCCCAAGCCCACAUCAGAGGCCCCACAGGCUACCUGGCCCUGGAGGAAGAACAGCAACCUUCACAGCAGCAGUCAGCCUCCGAGGGCCACCCUGAGAGCGGCUGCCUCCCAGAGCCUGGGACGGCUAUAGCUCUUGGCAAGGGGCUGCCGCAGCAGCCACCAGCUCCUCCAGAUGAGGAUGACUCAGCUGCCCCAUCCACGUUGUCCCUGCUGGGCCCCACUUUCCCAGGCUUAAGCAGCUGCUCCGCGGACAUUAAAGACAUCCUGAGCGACGCCGGCACCAUGCAACUUCUUCAGCAGCAGCAGCAGCAACAGCAGCAGCAGCAGCAGCAGGAGGUAAUAAUCGAAGGCAGUGGCAUCAGUGUGAGAGCAAGGGAGGCCACUGGGGUUCCCUCUUCCUCCAAGGAUAGUUACCUAGGGGGCAAUUCGACCAUAUCUGACAGUGCCAAGGAGUUGUGUAAAGCAGUGUCUGUGUCCAUGGGACUGGGUGUGGAAGCAUUGGAACAUCUGAGUCCAGGGGAACAGCUUCGGGGAGAUUGCAUGUACGCGUCGCUCCUGGGAGGUCCACCCGCGGUGCGUCCCGCUCCGUGUGCGCCACUGGCAGAAUGCAAAGGUCUUCCCCUGGAUGAGGGCCCGGGCAAAGGCACUGAAGAGAUUGUUGAGUAUUCCUCUUUCAAGGGAGGUUACGCCAAAGGGCUGGAAAGCGAGAGUCUGAUCUGCUCUGGCAGCGGUGAAGCAGGUAGUUCUGGGACACUUGAGAUCCCGUCCACUCUGUCUCUGUAUAAAUCCGGAGUGGUGGAUGAGGCAGCAGCAUACCAGAAUCGCGACUACUACAACUUUCCACUGGCUCUGACCGGGCCCCCGCACCCCCAGCCCCCUAGCCAUCCACAGGCCCGCAUCAAGCUGGAGAACCCUCUGGACUAUGGCAGCGCCUGGGCUGCUGCGGCCGCGGCGCAAUGCCGCUAUGGAGACUUGGCUAGCCUGCACGGAGGGAGUGCAGUCGGACCCAGCACUGGAUCGCCCCCAGCCAACGCCUCUUCUUCCUGGCACACUCUCUUCACAGCUGAAGAAGGUCAAUUAUAUGGGCCAGGCGGUGGGGGUGGCACUAGCAGCCCCAGCGAGGCAGGGCCUGUAGCUCCCUAUGGCUACACUCGUCCCCCCCAGGGGCUGGCGAGUCAGGAGGGUGACUUCUCUGCCUCCGAAAUGUGGUACCCCAGUGGAGUGGUGAACAGAGUACCCUAUCCCAAUCCCAGUUGCGUCAAAAGUGAGAUGGGACCUUGGAUGGAGAACUACUCCGGACCUUAUGGGGACAUGCGUUUGGACAAUGCCAGGGACCACGUUUUACCCAUCGACUAUUACUUCCCGCCCCAGAAGACCUGCCUGAUCUGUGGCGAUGAAGCUUCUGGCUGUCACUACGGGGCUCUCACUUGUGGCAGCUGCAAGGUCUUCUUCAAAAGAGCGGCUGAAGGGAAGCAGAAAUAUCUGUGUGCCAGCAGAAAUGAUUGCACCAUUGACAAAUUUCGGAGGAAAAAUUGUCCAUCCUGUCGUCUCCGGAAAUGUUAUGAAGCAGGGAUGACUCUGGGAGCUCGUAAGCUGAAAAAACUUGGAAAUCUAAAACUACAGGAGGAAGGAGAAAACUCCAAUGCUGGUAGCCCCACUGAGGAUCCAUCCCAGAAGCUGACAGUAUCACACGUUGAAGGCUAUGAAUGUCAGCCUAUAUUUCUUAAUGUCCUGGAAGCUAUUGAACCAGGAGUGGUGUGUGCCGGACACGACAACAACAAGCCUGAUUCCUUUUCUGCCUUGUUAACUAGCCUCAACGAGCUGGGUGAGAGACAACUUGUGCAUGUGGUCAAGUGGGCCAAGGCCUUGCCUGGAUUCCGCAACUUGCAUGUAGAUGACCAGAUGGCAGUCAUUCAAUAUUCCUGGAUGGGACUCAUGGUAUUUGCCAUGGGUUGGCGCUCCUUCACUAACGUCAACUCCAGGAUGCUCUACUUUGCACCUGACCUGGUUUUCAAUGAGUACCGCAUGCACAAGUCUCGGAUGUACAGCCAGUGUGUGCGGAUGAGGCAACUGUCUCAAGAAUUCGGAUGGCUCCAGAUAACCCCCCAGGAAUUCCUGUGUAUGAAAGCCCUGCUACUCUUCAGCAUUAUUCCAGUGGAUGGGCUGAAAAAUCAAAAAUUCUUUGAUGAACUUCGAAUGAACUACAUCAAGGAACUCGAUCGUAUCAUUGCCUGCAAGAGAAAAAAUCCCACAUCCUGCUCAAGGCGCUUCUACCAGCUCACCAAGCUCCUGGAUUCUGUGCAGCCUAUUGCAAGAGAGCUGCAUCAGUUUACUUUUGACCUGCUAAUCAAGUCCCAUAUGGUGAGCGUGGACUUUCCUGAAAUGAUGGCAGAGAUCAUCUCUGUGCAAGUGCCCAAGAUCCUUUCUGGAAAAGUCAAGCCCAUCUAUUUCCACGCACAGUGAAGAUUUGGAAACCUUCAUAGUCAAAUGCACCUUGUUCCCUUUUUUAGAUGUCUUCUGCGCUACUUCCCUGCAGUGCCUUGGGGGAAAUUCCUCUACCAUUGUACAGUCUGCUGUGAAUGCUCCUCGGUGAAAUUUCCUGGGCUUUCCUUCUUUCCUUUCCUUCUUCUCUCACUCUCUCCCUCUCCCAUGGCACAUUUAAAAUCUGCUGCCUGUUGUGGCUUCUGCCUGUGUUUUGAGCUGUGUUGUAUUUCUUUGACUUUGUGGUGACCCUUGUGUGGCCCAGUGUCAAUUGUGCUAGUUUGCAGCCCUGUGCUGUGUGCCAACCACGCAAAUGUUUACUCACCUUAUGCCGUGUCAAGUACAGAGAGCUCUAAGUAUCUGGGGAAGAAACAGACAUAGAAAAUAAAAAGCCAAAACAGCAUGCUAGGGUUAUUUCUUCACAAUAAAUAAAUAAACACGUAGGGUUCCCAAAGAAACCAACAAGUAACUAGAAGAAAGUAAAAAUCCCAGGUACAUGAGGAGUUACUCUCUUUGUUCAUCCUGCCUCUCUGUGGGAAACUUCAGUUGUUGCUAAUUGCUGUCCACAUCAAAGAGCAGGAUGACCCCAAAGCUUACUAGUAGGUUAGAGAGAAAAUAGGACAAGGAGGGUGGAUGGAUAACCAUUACUUCCCCAGAGCCUUUGUCCCUGAGUGCUGGAGUGCUCAGUUGCAGUGCAGUUCAUUGUACUGAAACGUGCUUCAUGUCUGAAAACUUGUCUGCAUGCGAAUACCUACUCCUUCAAAGUCUUUUCUCUCUUAACCUAUGCUUCCACCCUCAACUAACUUUCGAUAGGUUUUCUAAGAGCUUUGAACUAAAUGUUCUCUUUAGCCAAAACUUUGGCCACUUCCACUGAAGUUAGGUCAGUGAGAAGAAAGCAGAGAAGUCUGACUCUUUGAAAAAAGGCUCCAUUCAGAUCUAUGGCCACAUUUCUAUGUGGGAGCCAUAGAGGAGCUUGGGGGCUGGAGUCAGAGGAAGAGUUAGACGGCUAAGUGAAGGGCUUAGCCAUCACUACCUUUAGGGACAGGAAAUGGUUGAUCCCUUAGUUCAACCACCUUUUCCUCCAUUUUUAAAGGACCUAUAGACUCCUUGCAGCCACCUUCUCACUCCACAGUUCUUCAGUGUUUGCUGGGCCUGAACUUCACUCCUAAUGCAUUUAAGCCAUGGUGGUAAAGCUUGCUCACUUCUUUGGGCAUGUUUGUAGACACUGCGAAGGUCUCCCUCCCAUCACCACCAUGAAGCCUAGCAGACCAAGAGCCGCAGCAUCUUUGUUUAGAUGCCAACAGUAUCAAAGACAUCUCACUCAAUGUCUUUCAUCAACAGUCAGAUUUCUGGAGCCCUUAGACAAAUUUGAAAGAAAUCAUCAAAGGGACCAGACAAACUGGGCAGCUUGCCCUUGUCCUCCAGAGACAAUAUACUCCUAUCAAGUGGAGAAAUGUCAAUUUCCUCCUCAGAGUGAUGAAAGAGGCUACCCAGACCAUGGUGGAGGAGAAAACUAAGUAACCAGGCUGGGUAAAUGAAGACACUAGAACCAGAGAGCAUAAAAUGCUCUCCUUUGCAUCCAUCACACUUGCUCUCCGGCAUACUCACAUGGGAAGAAGAGAGGAG